GGCGGGUGCAGUACACUCGGCGGCGGGGGAGCCUUCGGGACGCUCGGUGAAGCGGGCCGCCAUCGCCUGACCGCUUUCGCUUCCUCCUUCCCUUAGUCACCGGCUCCUUCCCUUUGUGCUCGUCUUCAGCCGCCAUGCCGCGCUGCCCCACGCACGCCCCCGCCCCGCUGUGGCCCUGCGGUUACCGCUCCUCGCCGCGCCGCUGAAGGAAAAGGAGAAAGAAGAGGAGGAAGCAUCAAGGAGGUUGCCCGCCCGCCGCCUCAUGCCGCGGCCUCGUCCCGCCGCCAGCCCGGCGACCUGCAUGGACGGGCAUGGGGAGAGCUGCGCCUUGCUGCGCCGUCGGGGCUGAGCCGCCACGCCGCCACGGGCCGCGCUGCCCGUUGUUUGCCGCCCUCGGCCUCGCCGCCCUGGGGGUGCUUCUGGGCUCAGGUGACUGCCAGCUGCAAACACCGUGUCGAAUCCAGAAGUGCACCACCGAUUUUGUAUCCUUAACUUCACAUCUCAGCUCUGCUCUUGAGGGCUUUGAUUUGGAGUUCUGCAAGGCACUGAGAGCAUACUCUGCCUGUACCUAUCGCAAUUCCAAAGUAUGCCGUGGAAACCUAGUCUACCAUUCGGCAGUGCUUGGGAUCAGCGACCUCAUGAGCCAGAGAAACUGUUCCAAAGAUGGACCCACAUCCUCCACCAGCCCUGAAUUGACCCAUGAUCCUUGCAAUUACAGUGGUCACAUAGAACCCAGGGAACAUCAGAGAGGGGAGAAGACUCCUCCUCCUACAUAUCUAUUUUGUGGCUUAUUUGGUGAUCCUCAUCUGAGGACUUUUAAGGAUCAUUUCCAGACAUGCAAAGUGGAAGGUGCUUGGCCCCUCAUAGAUAAUAACUACUUAUCAGUGCAAGUGACCAAUGUGCCUGUGGUCCCAGGAUCCAGCGCUACUGCUACAAAUAAGAUAACUAUUAUCUUUAAAUCGUACCAAGACUGUACAGAUCAGAAAGUAUAUCAAGCAGUAACUGAUGACUUGCCUGCAGCUUUUGUUGAUGGUACAACGAAUGGAGGUGAUGGGAACACCAAAAGCUUGCGAAUUGUGGAGAAAGUCAGUGGCAAAUACAUCGAAAUACAUGCAAAGUACAUCGGGACCACAGUGUAUAUACGCCAGCUUGGGCGCUACUUAACAUUGGCCAUUCGCAUGCCUCAAGAGUUGGUCAUGGCCUACAAGGAGAGCCAGGAUCUACAGCUGUGUGUGAAUGGUUGCCCUUCAAGUGAACGUAUUGAUGAUAGUGGCCACUUACCAUUGCCUGUGAUAGGGCAGUUGUUCCCUCAGGAUGGUGCUGCUCAUCCACGGUCAAUGUACACACUGGAUACUGCCACCACUAAAUGCCAUGAGAAGAUGCUGGUGAAGGACAUCUAUUUUUACUCAUGUGUAUUUGACCUACUCACCACUGGUGAUGCAAACUUCACAGCUGCUGCUCACAGUGCCUUGCAGGAUGUGGAGGCAUUGCACCCCAGAAAAGAGCACUGGCAUAUCUUUCCCAGUAGUGGACAUGGUAGUGUGGGCAAGAGUAGCAAAUUCUUUGUUGUUUUCGGACUUGUGUGCUUGAUCCUUGUUGAGUUUUUGUAGGGCCUAUAACAAAGUUUUGAAGUAUAUAUUGUCAUAAUAUAUUGAGUAAAGAUGAGUAUAUGUGUAUAUACCAUGUAUAUGAAGGGAUGUUUUAUCUUGGGAUGCCCACCAGAUUGUACGUAUUGUGUUAACUGUUUUCAUGUGUGAUGUAGUAUUCUUUGUAUGUAUUUGUUUUGCAGUUGUUGAAAUGUUUUGUAAUGUCCCUGCAUUGGGACCUGAUAGAAAGCACUUUAUUUUUUAUAUAUUAAAUAUUUAUGUGUGAUCUGAGUAACUAUGUAUUAUACAUACAAACGUGCAUACAAUACUCGGUGCUCCCUCUAAGUACUACUUGGUUUAACAAAUUUUUUAGCUAGAUUAAUUCGUGGGUUUUUUUCUGUCAUUUCUCUUACUCUAGAGACAGCACAUCUCUUGUCCUGUAAUGACAUUGGUGAUUUGCUGGAUUCACUAGUUAAAAUCAUUAUUGUAUUCUGUCCCUCAAACAAAUCAUCAUCCCUCCUUUGGAAGGAAAGAGUGAAGUGCUUCCCAUUAGCUCAGAUGACCAUCUUGGAUAACAUGAAUUACAGAACCUUCUUGGUAAUUCUGACAUUUCCUAGUUUCAUGGCAUGAGUUUCAAAAGAAGAAGAGGGAAUGCAUUGGAGUGACACUUACAUAGCUUUAUAGAACCAGUAGACAGAUCAUUUCAAAAGAUAUUAAUGGUCUAGUUGUAUAAGCAUGUAACAUAACUAUUGCUGCCUCUAACCAGGAGGCUUAAGUCAUUCUCCAAGAUGGACUGGAGAAAUCACAAGCUUGAAUUCUGUCCCUUGCUUAGGUGCUAAUGCUAUCUAUACAUUUAGAAGAAGGAGGGGAGUGACGCCACAGGCUCUGACUACUCUUACUGAGGAGCUACGAGAAGAAUGAUUUGGUGGCCUGAAGGUUGGUUUUACUUAGUGCCUUAAUCUGCUGCAAGAAGUGGAAGCUUUAAUACAUGCUACAAUAAACCCAGCUCCAACAUGGUUUUAUUUCACUCUUAAAACUUCAUCUGAGACUGGACUGAUAAGACUCAAAUAACCCUUGCCUUUGUUAAGCAAUCUUGAACUAGUGUUUGCCUUGAUGGAUGGAGAUGGAGUUUAUUCAUGGAAUGAAAGCUCCCAGUUUUUAUGCAGUCUCUUCUGGCUAGGUUAGGGACUGUUGACUGGUUAAGGAUAGCAGUAGUCUUUUCAAAGAAACUAAUUAAUUCCCCGUAUAGAUGUAUAAUUACCCAGCAUAAAGGUGUUAUUCUGGGAAUACUUGAGAUGAAAGUAGUCAGAACUGAAUUAAGGUGGAAGGUAAAAAUUUACUUUAGAUUAGACUACUGGCAGUUUGUUCUGUCUGUGCUGUCUGAUGGUGCAGUUUCAGGCAAGUUAGACUUGUGGAUUUAUGAUAUGUCUGAUAAUGUGGCUCCAGUGGUUUCACCUGAUGGUGACAAGCUUCUUCAUAUUUUGUGUGGCUGAACUUUCUCAUCAGUGCUCUGAAUUUAAAGUUCUCAUGGCUGAAAGCUGAUGGAUUAACUAGUGUUGCUUCCAGUGGUGCACAUACUUAUUGGGCAGGCACUGUAUAGUAGUUAAUUUCCUCUGUACCAGAAUCCUGUAUGUAUAUACAUAUAUAUAUGCUAUAUAUGUAUACUAGCAUUCAGUUGUGAGCCUCUCAGAUAAAUAAUAUUUCAGAAAUGUAGUAAUUCCCCUAAAGAGUUUUCCAUUUUCUUGUUCCUACUGUUGGAUUUCUUGAGAAACUGUUAUUUGCAUAUGUUCAUUCUUAAAGUCUGCCAUCAAGAGAGCUUUAGUUAAUGGCAAACCUGGAUAUUUUGAAGCUAGGGAAUGGUCUCUGGGGACAACUUCAGCUUAGAGGGAACACUUUUUUUCACAGACCCUCCAAAAUGGCUGGCUUUUAGAAGGCUACAGGUAUGGGAUUUUUUCAUGCUUAGAAACCCCACAGUGUGUCAGUCUUUGCAAAACCUUUUAGAUGUUCAUGAAUAUACCAGUAAGUAUAUGUUUGUGUAAAAGAGUGGCUGUGCAGUGUGUAAAUACUUUAAUAUGAUGUAAGAAUAAAGUUGUCUACCCUGCUGAGGAAUGUCUGUAAUGUAGUUUUAGUGACCCCUGGUGGGGUGUGGAGAAAUUGGGGAUGCGGGCCACUGAGCAGGCAAUCCAUAAACAAAGCCCCACUUUGCUUCCUAGCUAUCUCUUGUUGGGUAGGAAUGUGCUGAGUGCAAUCAUACUUCUUUGCAGAUGCUUAUUUCUCCUCUGCUAAAUAAGCUCUGUAGUGAAAUUUAUGACCAGCAGCUGCAAACCAGGCCGGUUUAUUUAAAAGACAGCGUAUGGGAAACCAACAGCAGGAACCAUCCUCUCAGGAUCCUGCUUGUACAGUUCCUUUGUAGUGUUUGCAGAGAUAUUUAAAGAGCUUCAGCACAGUCAUCUGGUAUUGCUGCAUCCAUGUUGAGAGGCAUUAUGAAAAUCCUCUUCUAAAGUACUGGACAACUCUCAGAAGAACCCUAGAAGAGAAAAUUACUUCCUGUAAAACUGAGGAAGAGAUUGAGGCAUUGAAAGAAUAAAUGAUAAGAAAGAGUCCAUAAGAUUACAGGGUCUUAUUUAACAAGAUGAUCUGCUAAGUAUACAUAGGAGCUGUAAUGUUUCAGCUGCAGGGCUAAUCACAUGGUAUGAAGGUAAAUUGAAAGUGCUAAAACUUAGAUCAAGUUAUGUCAGAUACAUACCAAGAAAGACCUAAUAAACACAACUUUGAGUGUUGUUUUGCUAAGCUUGUGUUACAGCUAGAAUUUGAGGUUUAUGAGGAACAAUUUUCCUUGGUAGAUAAAUCAUUGAAAUGCUUCGUGGAAACAACUGUAGAAAGCAAAGGGAACUUUAUGUGUAUGUUUAGUGUAUACAGAAGGCGGCCAUCGCACCUGUAAGAGCUUACUUUGAAAGGUGUUGAUCUACCAUGAUAAGCUCUGCAGGAGGCAAUAUAGCAUGAUCAUUAUUUUCAUGCAACAACUAGUAAGCUAUCAUGCUAUCUGUUACUGCUCUUUGUCUUAAAAAAGUUGGCUGAAGCUUUGGAUAUUAGAGACUUAUUCAAAAGGUUAAGUAUCUUCUAGAUAAUUUCUAACCAGAGUAUUUCCUAAUCCUAUGUUAACAGAGGUCUUAACAGCAGCUAAGGAUAGUUCUCUGUAGUUGUGGAGUCGGAUGACUUCCCUAGGAAGCAUGUCACAGAACUGAGCAGAGAACCAGGUGCUUAAUACUUCAUUUUAUAUAUACAUAAAGGAAAUAGUAUGCUCAACUAACUCUCAAACCAAAUUUUUUUUUUUCUUUCUUCCUGGAAAAUCUGGCUGGACAAUAAUCUGCAUAGAGCACCUGUUAAGUGAAACGCAGCCUGAGAGAAAUGCAGGGUCUGAGAACAACCUGGCUCUUGUGGUCAAUUUAGAGCCCUUCAGUAGUGCAUUUCCUUUCAAGCUGCUGGUGUACUGCCAGAAAAUAGAUCACCAACUAUUUAUAUUCUCUUGCCUUAGCAUUAUGGAUACUGUGCAUUUGUUUUAUGGGUUUUGAGGAUGUGCAAGUAGCUAUUUACUUACAUAUACCCUGAAGCGAAGCAAGCAAUGUUGCAAGCUUUGCACUGCCUAGUGAGGGUUUCAUUAGUGGACAUGUUUAGGAAAAUGCCCAAGUGGUUUGUGGCUUUGUUUUGACAGACUCAUAGCACAAUUUCAAAUCUUCCAUUCAUUUUCUUCAUGUAAGUACAGCUGCGGUGUUUUACACUGAAAUUUUCAUGCUUUGGAUUAUUUUAAUUCCCAUCUGUGUCUUGACUGAUAUAAACUCUAUUCCUUUCUGUCUUUCCCUAAUCCAGCUACUAAAGACUGCUAUUCAUACAAUGCCUAAACAUGACUAGUAAUGACUCCCUUGUUUUUCAGAAGGUUUUUUUGUUGCUUACAAGACAAGUUGUGUUGUGCUGCUAGUUCUCUCAUCUAUAUUCAAAAGAAACAAGGAUUUUGUGGGUCAAUGUUGUUCAUUAGAUUUUAUCAUUCUUACUACCUUGUUUUGGAGAGCAACAUAGUGACAGAUCAAGGACAAGUAUGCAGGUAAAUUUAUUGUGAUGCUGAUGUAAAACAAUUGCAUGUGAUCUGAUCUAGAAUUCUUUUAGUCUGUGUAAAUUACACCUCAUUGGAAUUAAAAGCUGCUGAUUAGUAAAUCAACUGUGAAUGGUAAGAUUGCAGACUUCAGAUACAUGCAGGGGUACAUAUCAGAACUGAUCACUAAAUACAAAAAGGACUUAAUAUGUUGUAUGUGGAGUGCCAGUAAUUUUUAUUUAUAGGAAUUAUUUUCAUGAUUACUGCAGAUUUAAAGCUUAAUUUCUACUUUUUUUCUACACCAUAACAGUAGAAGAAUAAUCCAUUAUAUACACAAAAGAUGUGUCAUUGAUUCUAGUACACGUUUAGGGCUGGAUCUACAAAAGAUUUUAAAUGUCUAGUUGGUGUGUGAAGUGUUUAAAUCCAAAAUAGAGGUACACAGCAAAGCUGCCUCGGCUUGAACCCAGAGGUUUCUUUAGGAUCUCUACCUCUCUUCUUAAUCCAGUAAAGGUCCUCAAGGAACCUGUAUUUUUGUGGCUGAGCAGAGAAGAAAAAUGCAGUUGUAUGUGCACCCUAGCCAGAUUCACAUGUUAUUCAUCUGCCUGGUUUACUUGCAGGACAUUUUUGACAGGUACCUGAUGUUUGGCAGAUGAUGGUAAGAGUUGUUUAUAGUGUAGUUGUGGUAAGCAUUCUGCCAGAGUGUGGGAGAAGCAAGUUAAAAUUCCUUGCCUCGAUCUUUCACAGCUUGCAAGAGUGCCGAUGCCCUAACGACCGGGACCUAUUAUCAAAUAAAUGCCAUUCUGUGUUAUAAAGUGAUAGCUUUAUCCAAACAAGGUUUUAGGAGCUUUGGAAGAGAUUGGAGACAUACUGUACACUUGAGAGUUAUUUCACCUAAAUUUAGUAAAUUAAACAUGUAGGGCCUUCUCUGUAGUCAGUGGACUAAAUGGCAGUGUUGUAGGUUGGGUUGAAUUGUCUUCUGGAGGUACCUACUGAUAUCCUUCAGUAGAGGGGAGACCCAGGCAGCUAAUUUUUAAAUAGCUGAAGUCAGAUGAAAUAAUUCCAACCCUGAUGGUUACAUUUUAAAUUCCAGCCUAGGUUCCUAUUCAGGGACUACGUGUGUUUGCUAGAGACAAGCCAGCUGACCCAGCAUUUCCUGCACAGCGCCACAUCUGUCUCCCAGGCCUGACUAAUAGAUACACUUUGACCUCUAAAAGCCUCACCUAACCUUCUUGGCCUGGCCUGUACACUGAAACUUUGAAUAGUUUAUUUAUUUUUAGAGCAUACCUGAAGAAGGCAACAAGGCCACCUCAUCCUUUCUGUACUGGCCCCUUCUCCGCUCCCAAAGCAGAUGCAGGAGGGGGAAGAGAGGAGACAAAGGGGAAAGAAGAGGUUGAGUGGAAUCAUAGUGUGUAAGGCUUCUAAUCUUAAUUUUGGCCUUAAUUCCUAGACUCUGUACAUUUUCCAGCGAAUGGCACAAAGUAUAUAACAUAAGCAUCAGGCAUAGGAGCAAGGGCUGUGUUUUCUAAUUAGUGUGCUUUAUAUUUUAGGCUCUCCUUUGGUGUGUGUCUUGCUGUCAUAACCAUACAAGUGUUUUGCAGAGAGCAGAACAGUUUCAACAGAAUGCCACUAGAUGGAGCUGCACUUCCAGCUGUGUUAAACACCAAGUGAGCUGCUGAAACACUUCCCUUGGAAAAUUCGGAGCACGGUUUCCAAUUUGAGACUGCAUGAAUGUGAAAGCUUAAUACCUAAAUGGUUAAAAGAAAUCUACUUACAAAUGUUUGCAUGAGCAAAAUAUGUAAAUAAUAAGUACUAUUUUCUCUAAACUCACCAGAAAUGGUCAGUAAUUUCAAAGAAUACAGUACCCUGAAUGGUCCUAAAAAGGAUGACUUCUUUUCCAGAAGCAGUGGAAAUGUUUUGAUUGUUAAUUAGAUGUUAAGUAUUUGCUGAUUAACCAUAAUCAUCUUCGUAUUUUUUUUCAGCUUUGUGAGUAGUUCAAUUCAACAGGUGAAAUUUUCAUGCUUCCUAUGGUCUGCGUAUUUCUCUCAAACCUAAUUUGUAUGUAAAACAUGUUAGCUGUACUUUGAGUUCCAGAAUGGAGCAAUCUUCUUCUAAUGAGCUCCAAGACUGAAAAUCUGAGAACUAGAUGGUUGGUACAAAUAGUUUCAGAUCUUUCUGUGGGAAAAUAAAACAGGGCUCACUUUACAGCCUAGAAAGAACAAUCAGAUUCUAAAAUGAUCACUAUGGUACAAAUAUAAGGAGAUCAUCAUGGCUAUUUCUGAUGUACUUUAUUGUUUGAAAUUAGUAUUUCUAGGAAAGCCUACAGCAUCAGAAAAAGGGAUGAGAACAGAGGAGCAAAACCAGUGUGUCAGCUGAUGGAUAAAGUGAAAUGUUCAUCAUGGAUUUGGAUGAUAUGAUUAUAGCAUCAUUCAACCCUUAGGGUUUAUGGAAAAGAGCAAAGGAGACAAAGAGCAAAGGAAAAGUUUUCCAGCAAUCCACUGAGCUUAAUUAAAGUUUAGGGCAGUGCUUCUCAGCCUUGUUAAUGUGUGCCUGACCUCAGUUAAUUGUGUCUCCUGACAGCCCCCCACUCCCCCUGUAGCAAGUAUAUCUUGAAGCAUCUGUGGCCAUAGAUAUGUCUGUGCCACACCAGGUAUACCUCUGAAGGGAUUGUGGCUCAAGGAUAAGUCCACACUGCAGAAGGUACACCUUGAAGCAUCUGUGGCAAGGAUAAGUCCAUGCUGCAGCAGGUACACCUUGAAGUAUCAGUGGCUGUGCAUGGAGUCAUGCUGGAGCACCUCAAAGUGUGUGGCCAUGGAUAAGCCCACAACAAGGGCAGGUUUAUUUCUAACAGGAAUUAAAUGACUGCGCCUGGGGGUAAGGCCAUGCUGGAGCAGGUAUAUCUCUGAAGGCAUUGUGGCCCAUGUGGAAGGCCAUGCUGGAACAGGUACACCUUGAAGCAACUGUGGCCAUGGAUAAGUCUGUGCUACAGCAAGUAUAACCCUGCAGAGACUGUGGAUCAUAGAUAAGGCCCUACUUGGAGCAGGUACAUCCCUAAGGGAUUGCAGUCUGUGGGUAAGACCAAGCCAGAGCAGGGGCAAGGGGAGGAGUUCAUUGCGAUGUUAAAUCCAAUGGUCUGGCUCAAAGGGACCAGGGUGGAGACUAUAAUGGAAAUACCUCUAAAAUUUUGUAACCCAGGAUUUGGGUUGCAUGUUAUAGGAAUUACUGUAGCAGGAACCACCUGAAUCAAUGGAGGACAAGCCUUACAAAAAGCAGUGCAAGUGCAGCAGCAUACCUGAGCGGGCUUUGGUGCCCAGUAACUCCACACCUCUUGUCCUGAGUGGCCAGCACAACAGAUGGAGCCCAUGGUCAUGGGCUGAGUGACUCAAUAGACAUUUUGUGGACAUUUUACAAGGGUGGUCCAUAGACUAAUGGAAUGAUAUCAGCAUAUUAUAUUAUAUCAAAUGUUGGGGGGGGGGGUGGUUAAUGAGAUGUAUUGGAUUGUGAGCAUUACCUGAGCAUGACGUAAAUGGAAUAAGGGAUAGAUAAUGUCCUGGUUUCAGCUGAGAUGGAGUUAAAUUUUCUUCAUAGUAGCUAGUAUGAGGCUAUGUUUUGGAUUUGUGCUGAAAACAGUGUUGAUAAUGUAGAGAGAUUUUUUUUUUGUUACUGCUGAGCAGUGCUUAAACAGUGUCAAGCCCUUUUCUGCUUCUCACACCACCCCACCAGUAAGUAGGUGGGGGGGGUGCACAAGAAGUUGGGAGGGGACACAGACAGGAUAGCUGACCUAAACUGACCAAAGGAAUAUUCCAUACCAUAUGAUGUCAUGCUCAGCUUAUAAGGGGCUUGGAGAAGAGGAAGGAUGGGGGUGGGGAGCAGUGGUGUUUGGAGUGAUGGCAUUUCCUAAGCAACUGUUACAUUGGAUGGAGCCCUGCUUUCCUGAAGAUAGCUGAACACCUGCCUGCCGAUGGGAAGUAGUGCAUGAAUUCCUUGUUUUGCUUUGUUUGUGCACAUGGCUUUUGUUUUACUUAUUAAACUGUCUUUAUCUCAA